ACCCUAGAACUUCAGAAUAUAUGUUAAUCCAAGAAUAUGCUGACGGAGGUAACUUGCGAGAGUAUCUGAGACAAAAACGUCAAACAUUAACUUGGCAUAACAGACUUCAAUUGGCUUGUCAAGUUGCUAAUGGACUGCAUAUGCUUCAUAAAGAAGGGAUUGUACAUAGAGAUCUU